AUGGCUCAGAAGCUUUCCAACCUCCUUGUCACCGCACUGAUGGUGGCAACUGGUGUUGUCGGCCACGGACACAUCAACGACAUUGUCGUCAACGGAGUGUGGUACCAAGGCUAUGACCCGACAACCUUCCCCUACGAAUCAAACCCGCCCGUAGUAGUGGGCUGGACAGCCGCUGAUCUUGACAACGGCUUCGUUUCACCAGACGCAUAUCAGAGCCCCGACAUCAUCUGCCACAAGAAUGCCACCAAUGCCAAGGGGCACGCGUCUGUCAAGGCCGGGGACACCGUUCUCUUUCAGUGGGUGCCGGUUCCGUGGCCACACCCAGGCCCUAUCGUGGACUAUUUGGCCAACUGCAACGGUGACUGCGAGACCGUAGACAAGACAACGCUUGAGUUCUUCAAGAUUGAUGGCGUUGGUCUCAUCAGCGGCGGAGACCCGGGCACCUGGGCCUCGGACGUGCUGAUCUCCAACAACAACACCUGGGUUGUCAAGAUCCCCGACAAUCUUGCGUCGGGCAACUACGUGCUCCGCCACGAGAUCAUCGCCUUACACAGCGCCGGGCAAGCAAACGGUGCUCAGAACUACCCUCAGUGCUUCAACCUCGCCGUCACAGGCACUGGAGACCUGCAGCCCAGCGGCGUCCUAGGAACCGACCUUUACCAGGCGACGGAUCCCGGUGUCCUCAUCAACAUCUACACCAGCCCACUUUCGUACAUUAUUCCUGGACCUACAGUGGUAUCAGGCCUCCCUACGAGUGUCGCCCAGGGUAGCUCCGCCGCCACGGCCACCGCCAGCGCGACGCUUCCUGGCGGUAGCAGCCCCGGAGGGCCGACCAGCAGAACUACAACCUCGGCGAGGUCGACGUCCCAGGUCACAAGCAGACCCAGCUCUACGCCUCCUGCCACCACGUCGGCACCUGCUGGCGGCCCAACCCAGACUUUGUACGGCCAGUGUGGCGGUUCAGGGUACGCAGGCCCGACUCGAUGCGCGCCGCCGGCCACUUGCUCUACCUUGAACCCCUACUACGCCCAAUGCCUUUAA